AUGAACUGGCUGUUCCCGCUCGCCAAGGGCGGCGGCGCCUCCGCCGCGGGCCCCGCGCCGCCCGCGCGCACCGGCCUCCAGCAGCAGCGCCAGCGACAGGUCGAGUCCCUGCGCGCCGCGCACGCCUCCAUUGCAGAAAUUCAGAAAGAUGUGGAAUAUCGACUGCCGUUCACUGUAAACAACUUGACAAUUAAUAUUAACAUCUUGCUUCCACCUCAGUUUCCUCAGGAAAAGCCAGUCAUCAGUGUUUUCCCACCUGUGAGACAUCAUUUAAUGGACAAGCAGGGAGUAUAUGUGACCGGUCCAUUAAUAAGUAAUUUUACAAUGCACUCAGAUCUUGGAAAAAUUAUUCAAAGUUUACUGGAUGAGUUUUGGAAGAAUCCUCCAGUCCUGGCUCCUAGCUCAACAUCAUUUCCAUACCUUUUCAACAAACCAGCUGGAAUGCCUCCUUUUGCUCCUCAGGGGUUUCCAUUUCUUCCUCCAUACCCACCUCAAGAAACAAAUAGAACAAUGGCAACCAUGCCUGUUGCUGAAUCAGUUUCUUCAAGCUACACUACAGACAAGCCUGCUGCUCCCUCCUAUGGCUUGAUUGCUGAUCUGCCACUACCUGUUCCCACAGCAGAAGCUGUGCUUCAGGUUGGCCAGAGGUUUACUUACAAGAUGCCUGAUGUUCCUGAUACCUUUCCAGAACUCUCAGAACUAAGCAUAUCGCAGCUGACCAGUAUGAAUGAGCAAGAAGAGGUACUAUUGGAACAAUUUGUGGCUCUACCACAACUGAAGCAAGUCAUUACUGAUAGAGAUGAGUUAGUGAAAAUCGAAGAGCUGGCAAAAAAAAACUUGUUGCUGGAGCCUAGUCUUGAAGCAAAAAGACAGACAGUGUUGGAUAAAUAUGAACAACUUACGAUGAAAGCAGCCUUUGAAAAAAAGAUGCAAAGACAACAUGAACUUAGUGAGAUUCACAACUGAGUUUCAAAAGUAGACCCUAUUUAUUGAAGACACUUGAAACGCUAGUUCUACUGAGAAAUCAUGCACUCGAGACCUGUCAGAUUUCCAAGCUGGAUGCUUUCUACAGUGUAGGAGUGCAGUCCAAGUGCUCUGCAAGCCAGACUUAAAGUAGCUGCCCAUGAAGCUGAAGAGGAGUCUGACACUAUUGCAGAAGACUUCUUGGAAGGCAAAACAGAAUAGAUGACUUCUUAGUAGUUUCAUGGAAAAGAGAACGCUGUGCCACUGCAGACGAGCCAAAGAGGAAAAACUUCAACAGGCAAUAGCAAUGCACAGCAAUUUCAUGCACCGCUAUAGACUUCCUGCAAACUACACCUGCCAAGAGAACGAAUGAAAAACCCAAUAAAGCACACUUUUUAAUAAUUAUUAUUUGCAAAUAAGCAUUUCAUCUUACAUGGUUGUAUUUAUAGAAGAGAUUGUAUACAAAGUUGGAAUGGUUUUUGUACAAAUUAGAAUGUCUCUUUAUAUUCUCAUUGUACUCAAGAAUCCUUCUAUUGCAAUCUUCGCAUUAAUUUCUUGUAUUUAUUGUUGAUAGUUCUUAUUAUAUUUAAGUUCCCUGCUGCUAUACUCCAUUCUUCAAAAAUUAAAUAUCUAAACAUGUAAUUUUGACUAGCUUUUUACAUUUUUAUAAAAACUUAAUUCAUAUCUUUUGUAUUCUGAACUUUAAACAUAGAUUUGGCUUGAUCUGUGGAAGACUGAGAUAAGUGUUGAUAGGGCUUUGGAAACUGAAGAAGUUCUUAAUUGAGAUGGUCAGUGGAUUCACAAGCUGUCUUUUCUUGAAGCCAAAAUACUGAAGAACAAGUUUUUUACUUCCAAAUAAUAAUAGAAAACUAAGUGUAGCUUAUAUUGUGUUUUGGAUAAAUAGAUUGGAAUUAAGCAAAGAAUGUGUUGGAACAAAUUAUACUGGAAUCAAAAUAGAAUAAAUGAUCUCUGCUUAGAUUUCGUAUGUUGGUUAGUAGCAUUGAUGCACUGAUUUCAGGAGUGGCUUGGUGUCUACCACUAUAAUUAAACACAAUUUUCAUCUG